GCCGCGCGGUGACAGCCGCCAGCUACUCAAGGAUUGUCGGAGCUCUAGGCUUGCAUCAGAGGCGCUUCCAAGCUUUAUUUGCAGCGAACGGCGAGGCGGAAGAACUACUAACUCGCUCGGCUGCUCGCCUUCUGGAGGCACCCAGAGGGGCCCGACACUGGCCGGGCCGGUGGAGCUCUGUGGAAAUGAGCAGCCCCGAUGCUGGAUACGCCAGUAGCGACGACCAGGCGCAAGGACGGUCCUCUCUCCCUUCCGUCAUGAUGCAGUGUCAGUGGGCAGAAUCGCUCAGCCCCUUAACCGAUGGCAAAGGCAAAGGCGAAGCGGCAGCCGAUCAAGUACAGCAGGGAGCCUCGGGCCGGGCCAAAGGGGAGACCCGCAUUCGCCGCCCCAUGAACGCUUUCAUGGUCUGGGCCAAGGACGAACGCAAGCGGCUGGCGCAGCAGAAUCCAGAUCUGCACAACGCGGAGCUUAGCAAGAUGCUGGGACAGUCGUGGCGGGCGCUGACCCAGGAGGAGAAGCGCCCCUUUGUAGAGGAGGCGGAGCGGCUGCGACUGCAGCAUAUGCGGGACCACCCCCACUACAAGUACCGGCCGAGGCGCAGGAAGCAAGUCAAGCGCCUUAAACGCAACGACGGCGCAGUGGACGGUGGGAGCGGCUUCCUUCCAGUUCAGCAUCACCAGUUGGGCCUGCCCGGAGAGGCGGGAAAUGGAGGCAGCUGCGAGGGGCUCGGUCUUUCUUACGCAGAGCAACCGAAUUACGCCGGCGGAAGCUUCCAUUACCGGGACUGCGCGCCUCUCCCGCUGUCGGCUUUGGGCACCCAUUUCGGGAACUACAGCCUGCCUACUCCGGAGCCCGAAUCCCAGGGGGGCGCCUGCGCAGAACCUGUUUUUUUCCCGCCACCCCACCCGGAGGAAGGCGGCUGCCUGCUGGGCCCCUACGGCUACCCGACGCCGCCCGGGUCCGAGUAUCCGUGCAACGGCGUCCCUGCCGGCGGCCACGGCAACAACGGCGGUAGCCCCAAUGUCGGCGUCAGCCUUUUCCGUAGUCGCUUCCCGGUGCCCUUGGCCUCCUACCCUUCCUCGCCCGCCCCGGACCACGCUCAGCAGCAGCCGCAGCCACCCCGUCGCCGAGCGGAGGCCCCCGCGGGGCUCGAGCAGCUGCCCCCGCACGACGUGGACUUGCUGGCAGAUGUGGACCGCGCCGAGUUUGAGCAGUACCUGCCCUUCGCCUGCCGCCCGGGCGACCUGGGGCUCCCCUAUGGGAGCCACGAAGGCCCGGACGCCAACGCCGCUGCCUAUUACUGCGCGGCCGCGGGUGGGGCCGGAACGUAUCCCGAGUUGUGAGUCCCAACGUCUCCAGGCGGGUGAUGAGGGCGGGACAGGUGGACCCCGCUAAAUACUAUUUAUUGUAAUUUAUUGACUGCGCUUCUCUAAUGGCCGUUUAUGGAAACAGAGAGGGAAGGAGCUCCCGAGUUUCUGAAAACCGGCACGUCCAGAGGCCGCGAGGCUUGUUCUUGCAGGAGUCUCACUUCGCGGGAAUACAGGCAUAUGUUGCCUUGUUCAGGUUUUGUACAGAAUGUGUUGGGCUUGGACUAAAGCACCCCGAUUAAAGUUUGACUUGGAACAGCUUGGCAAUAAAAAACAAACCUGCCCCCCUCCCCAAGAAACCUUCAGGUGGUUUUUACACCAGGGUGUUGUGCAGUUGUCUCAUUCUUCAGAGAUUUUACCUCAGAAAAUAACAUGCCAUGAAUGGUUGAGUAAGCCCCGCUAACUUUGCACACACAACUUUACAAUUUUGCUUUGCACAUCACAAUACAAUAUUCUCAUAAAAUCCAAAUCAGUUGCGGUGGGCCUUAAUGUGGCUGGGUAAUCUUGAAACUAGAAGGUCCCAGCUGAGCUCCUGGAAUGGCUUCCCCAUAAAGGAGACCCCACAACAUCUGUUGUGGUUUCCCUGGGCCAGUGUGCUUGCGAGAGGCCGAUUACAUGGGUGGGGUCAGGAGGUAGAUUCCAUAAUACUCUAGUCUAGUGUGAAGUGAGACCUAACAAACUCCCUAGCGAUUUUCAAUAGUUUUCAACCCUUUGGCCUCAUUUUCUUACCCGGAAAGCAUUCCAAGCAGUAAAUACUGAAAGGAUCCCAAAGAUAAUCAGACGAGAAAACAUGAAUGCUUUUGCCUGGCUUAGAUCUAGUGUUUGAACAUGCUUCGUUCCAGUAAAUGUCACCUACUGAUAGUAGGUGUUGGGAAAGUUAGUUUAAAUAAAGAGUCACCUUCCCUCACAAUAUUCUCCAAAGGUUCAUAGCCUGCCAAAGUCUUCUUAGCCUUAGAAGGUGUGUUUUAAAUCUGAUGUGCAUUUAAUGCCUAUUAUUAGUAUUAAUUUGAGCAAAUUAAAUGUAAUUAAAUGUGCUGUUUCUCGGUUCUAUUCCAAGAAAUAGAAUUUGUAUACCUUGCUCCCUACAGAAAAGUCUUUGACUUUAGUAUCUAAGGAGAUUACAAUCCUGAGUUGUUUAGGAUUGCAGUAAAUGGGUGCAAGUUGAGUAUUUGACCACUAUACUACUGCUUGACUCUCACUUUAAUAAGCUGAACUGUUCACACUUAAUAUCAUCAAUUUAGGACUACCAGAGCCAAGAAUCAGCAAAAAUUGGGAUAGCAACUAAGAGAAAACCUGGUGUCUCGAUGUUUUGCAGCUCUAAUCAGGUAAUGAAUUGUUGCAAUUGAUGCAAAUAUAUAUAUAUGUGCCAAAAAUUUAAAAAGAUUAUCAGAAAAAAAAAUAUAUGGAGGGGCCAAGAUGUAGAAAAUCUUGUUGCCCUCUUAAGUAGGGCAUUACCUAGAGUAUAGUCAACUGAACCAAAUGAAAAUGCUGUUGAGAAUUUGCUAAGACAGUAUCGUUCAGAAGAAAACAAGCAAAUUCAGCCAUCCUAAAUUGAUAGCAGUCAUAAAAAAAACUGGAUCAUGUGUCAGAGGAAGGGACGGGCAGGAGCCUUUUAUAUUGAUAUCCUCUUAUUUUGUACCUGUUGGCAGUAGCACUACAGUAAUACUUGCUAUUAAAAGUACAGAAUUUUUCUGAUUUUGGUCCAUAUCUGUAUCCCUUUAUAAAAAGAGUAUGAAUAUGAUGCAUAUUUCCUUUCAACGUAGAAAACAAAGGCAGGUAGAAUGUAUUGUGAUGGAUAUGGGUUGGAGUCUGCCUUGCAGCAAACAAAUAAAUCCUGGUAACACAAACCCUCAAAGAGCAAGAUUGAGAUUAUACAAUAUUUGUGUAGUAAAUCUGUGGAUAUGCAGAUAAGUGAUUUCCCAUCUCGUUGCCUGUAACCUGAGUAUGAAGACUUACUCAGGAGUAUGUUCCAUUGAUCAGGAUUUAAAUUUUGUAAUAAACAUUAUUAACUUUUUCAA